AUAACAAAGAUUAAAUGAAACGUUAUACAAGAAUGUGUAGCAAAAUCAAAAUGAUAGAGUGAGGGUGUUCACUGAUCAUCAAGUAAAAGGUUGAAUUUCAGUUUAUGUUUCUAGUUGUAUAUGAGAUUUAUUUUUAUUUUUAGUUUUACGCCUUUUUAAAUUCGUUCAAUUUUUCUGAAACUAAAUCCGUUUAAUUUUUAAUUUCAACGGAAUAUUUGACCAAUUUACUUCGUUCUAGUUGGAGAUGUCCGAACUUACAUAAACAACAACAAAACCAUAACCUUAACCCAAAAAUCGGUCAAUAUAUAAUUAAAAUCGAAGAUGACUGGACAAAUUAUAUAAAUCCGUCGGAACACGAAUAUACGCAUUGCACGUCAGUUCAUAAGCAGCAGACAACCAUGGCAGACGAGAAGCCAGAGACGUACGCCAUUGUAGCCAUAGACACAAGCAAUGACUUCUCAUACUUGGUUUGUUCGGUUUGUGAAAAGCCUCUCCAUAACCCUACUUUUCUCUGCAAUUUCUGCAAUGCCAAAGCCUUCAACACCUCUUCUUUUGGCUCUAAACGUCUCUUCCGCAUUCUUAUGUCAAUUGCAUCAGACACUAGGGUUUUUAAGGUGAUAUGUUUUGAUAGGGCUGCUAAAGUUCUCUUUGGUUGUUCUGCUGAUGAGUUCUUCCAUUUUGCUAAGUUUCACCCUUUUUCAGCUGCAAAUGCUAAUAAAAUUCUUGAAGGUGAAAUGUGUCGGAUGACAUUGGCUAAGCCGAAGAAUGGUAAUGCUCAACAUCUUCGAGUAGCAUCAGUUGUUCCUUUGAGCUCUGGGUUUCAGCCGGUUAUUCAGUCGUUGAAGGAACUCUAUAGUGCGUGCCCUAGUACAUAGUAUUAUCUAUUUCUAGAUUAAGGAGCUAGGUUUCAGUAGUCCUCAAUGUCAGGAAUUAACAUGCUUUGAAAUGGUUGUUUUUUUUUUAAUUAUAUUUGAACUCUGUAUCUAUGCUGCUUAAUUGUUAAUAAAAACUUCUGGUUCUUACAAAUCGACAACAAAGAGAUUUUGAAAAUCUUAAGUGAAUGAAUGAUUUUAUUUGACCCCUUUGAAUAUGAACUUGUACUUCCAUGAUAGGUUUCAUUGAAUUGAUUAUGAAUGCUCUUUUUGGUUAAGCUAAGACUGGCAUUACAUUUGGUGAAUAUAUAAUUUUUCUGUCAGAUAUCUGAACAAGGUGAUGUUUGAACUUGGCUGGUUUUGCACUGUUUUUCUUAAAUAGAUUUUAGUCAAAUGUUAGUGUAAUAUUGCAUAAAAAGAGAUGAUUGAGUGGAUCCUAAACAUUAACAUAUGGGCAUAAUGUGUUAUGUGUUUGCUUUCAUUUGUUUUGUUGAUUAGGAAUAUAAUGAUAAUUUCGU